AGAGGUAGUCAUUUUAGACUUCUAGAUAACAUGUCUUUCUUCUCUUCUACUGUUUUAGUUAUUUAGUUAGCUAAGCCAGGGUGUUACUGUUAAGCGUGAGAGUUUGUUAGCCAUUGUAGACUUCUAUAUAACAUGUCUUUUUUUGUAGCUCAUAUAAUUUCAUCGAAUGAAAAGAUAAUGAAAAUUUUUCUCCAACUUUCAUAAAUCUUUACUCACUGACACCAGCAAGAACAGACAGUAAGGGACGGGAAUAAUGAUGGUGCGCGGCCUAGAAAAAUAUAUGAAGAACAUUUAGCGGUUGAGAUUCCAGAAACUGCCCACCAGAUUAGCAGCGAUUCUUGGUUUCAAGUGGCUUUUGUGCUUACAACUGGUGUCAACAGUGCAUAUGUAUUGGGCUAUGCUGGGACCAUUAUGGUCCCUCUGGGUUGGGUAUUUGGUGUAGUUGGUUUGAUAGUAGCUGCUGCAAUAUCAUUGUAUGCAAAUUCUCUCGUUGCCAAGCUCCAUGAAUUUGGAGGGAAGAGACAUAUCAGAUACAGAGAUCUUGCAGAAUAUAUAUAUGGCAAGAAAGCUUAUUCUCUUAUAUGGGGAUUGCAAUAUAUUAAUCUAUUCAUGAUUAACAUUGGAUACAUUAUUUUGGCAGGUGAGGCACUUAAGGCUGUUUAUGUUCUUUUUAGUGAUGACAGCGACAUGAAGCUUCCGUACUUCAUUGCUAUUGCUGGGAUUGUAUGUGCUUUGUUUGCCAUUGCAACUCCUCAUUUGUCAGCCUUGCGAAUUUGGCUUGGCGUAUCAACAGUCCUCACCCUGAUAUAUAUCAUUGUAGCAAUUGUGCUCUCAAUUAAUAAUGGCCUGAAAGCACCACCAAGGGAUUACAGCAUCCCAGGAACACCAACGGCUAAAAUCUUUACAUCAAUAGGGGCAGCUGCUAAUCUGGUUUUUGCAUACAACACGGGAAUGCUUCCAGAGAUACAGGCAACAAUAAAGCAACCCGUUGUAAGUAACAUGUUGAAGGCAUUAUACUUUCAAUUCUCAUUUGGAAGUUUGUUGUUGUUAGCUGUUACUUGGAUUGGUUACUGGGCUUAUGGAAAUUCGACAUCAACAUAUCUGCUUAGCAGCGUCCGUGGUCCUGUCUGGGUGAAGUCACUGGCCAAUAUUGCCGCGUUCUUCCAAUCAGUCAUUGCUUUGCAUAUUUUUGCAAGUCCAAUGUAUGAGUUCUUGGAUACGAGGUAUGGGAUUAAAGGCAGUCCAUUGGCGAUCCGAAACUUGUCAUUUCGGUUAGGUGUAAGAGGUGGCUACCUGUUUGUUACCACACUGGUGUCAGCUCUUCUGCCCUUUUUAGGUGAUUUUGAAAGCUUGACCGGUGCUAUUAGUACCUUCCCUCUCACAUUUAUUCUAGCUAAUCACAUGUACCUGAUUGCAAAGAAGAACGAACUGAAUAAUUUGCAAAAGCUAUGGCAUUGGUUCAAUGUUUGCUUUUUCAUCUGUAUGUCUCUUGCAGCAGCAGUUGCAGCUUUGAGACUUAUCUCUGUAGAUUCCAAGACAUACCAUCUUUUUGCAGAUUUGUAAUGAUUAUGGAGGGGAGGUUUAAUUAAAUCUUCCCUCGGAAAUGUGUUCCAAAAUUGAUACAACAUUUAGGUUUCUUCGUGCAUUUGGCUUUAGUUUGUAGCUUUUAAGCGUAGAAUAAAGUAGUUUUUUUGCCAUUCAAUUGGCUUUCA